AUGGCGGACACAAUACAAUUGACCGCCCCAAACGGGCUCAAGUACGGGCAACCUACAGGCCUCUUUAUCAACAACAGGUUCGUACCAAGCAAGUCGGGGAAGAAGCUAUCCUCGAUCAACCCUGCGACUGGCGAUGUGAUUACCGAAGUCUUCGCGGCCGGCGUUGAGGAUAUCGACGCAGCGGUGGCCGCGGCGCGCGAUGCGUUCAACAACCCACAGUGGAGGGACAUGGAUGCAGCUUCACGGGGAAAGCUUCUUCUCAAGCUGUCUGAGCUGGCUGACCGAGACGCUCAUAUACUGGCCACCAUCGACACCUGGGACCUGGGGAAGCCCUAUGCUGCUACGUCAACUGAGGAUGUCCCUGAGAUGAUCUCGGUGUUCCAGUACUAUGGUGGCUGGGCAGACAAGAACUUUGGCCAGACAAUCGAGACCAACCCGGCCAAGCUGGCCUUUACUCGCCAUGAACCUAUUGGCGUGUGCGGGCAGAUCAUCCCAUGGAAUUUCCCAGUUAUGAUGGCGGCCUGGAAACUAGGCCCAGCUUUGGCAACAGGCAACACAGUUGUUCUAAAAGCCGCUGAACAAACCCCCCUCUCCGCGCUAUACCUGGCACAACUUAUCAAGGAGGCUGGAUUUCCCGCUGGUGUUGUCAACAUUGUCAAUGGUCUUGGUCGUGAGGCGGGAGCAGCAAUUGUCGAGCACCCGGGAGUUGAUAAGGUGGCUUUCACAGGCUCAACAGCGACUGGACGUCAAAUCAUGAAAUCCAGCUCAGUAUCUUUAAAGAAUGUGACGCUCGAGACUGGAGGCAAGAGUCCUCUUAUUGUUUUCGAUGAUGCAAACUUCGAACAAGCUGUAAAGUGGUCUUGUGCCGGUAUCAUGGGCGGCAUGGGUCAGGUAUGCACUGCAACCUCUCGCGUUUACGUCCAGGAAGGGAUCUAUCAGAAGUUCCUGGAGGCCUUCCUUCAAGAAAUCAAAUCAUCCACAGUGAUCGGGGAUCCCUUUGAUGAAGCGACCACUCACGGACCUCAAGUGUCCCAGGCUCAAUUUGACAGAAUCCUACAGUUUAUCGAGGGAGCGAAGAGAGACGGUGCUAAGCAAGCAACUGGUGGAGGCCGCAGUGGCACCAGAGGUUUCUUCAUCGAGCCAACUGUAUUCCAAGAUGUCCCCAACUCUAUGGCUAUCUCGCGGGAGGAAGUAUUCGGUCCUUGUGUUACAAUUGCCCCUUUCAAGACUGAGGAAGAGGCCAUUGAGAAGGCAAAUGACACCACAUAUGGCCUGGCAGCUGCUGUUUUCUCCGAGAAUAUCAGAAAGAGCCACCGUGUUGCCAAUCGCCUCCAAGCUGGAACCGUCUGGAUAAACAGCUCCCAAGACUCUCACUUUGGGAUUCCGUUUGGUGGAUACAAGCAAUCUGGUAUUGGCCGCGAGCUGGGUGCGUAUGCGCUCUCGUCUUAUACGCAGGUCAAGGCAGUUCAUGUAAACUUGGGUCUUGACCUUUGA